AUGACAUCGCCCACCUCAUCAAACGGCAACGUGGUCGUCGUCGGCUCAGACGGCGCCAGCGACGUCGCCGAUCAGUGGCCGCCGAAGAAGCGAGUGCGACUCUUCUCGCCACCGAGCAUCAACAUCGAUCAAAAGUUCGUGCUCACCGUCUUGCCGCACGUCUUCACAUUUCUCAUCAUUUGCCUCAUCUACACACAUCAGCAGAAUAGGAUAUCGAGUAUAGAAUUGAGGGUUGCCCAACUAGAUAGUCUUGUAUCACAGGUUCGUUCAGAAGGCUUUGACACCGAUUCGACGGAAACGACAAAAUCACGGAAAACUAGGCACGCUUGCACAUGUCCGCCAGGACCGCCAGGAGAACGAGGGCCCGUCGGACCACCGGGAUUACGGGGAAUGAAUGGUUGGCCUGGUCUUCCGGGAUUACCAGCGCCAUAUUAUCGACGACCAAGAGUGCCGUACACCACCUUACAAUUCGAUGAGAAGUUCUCGCGAAAAAUGAGAGCUUAUGGAAUGUUGUACUCGCCCGAUGGCAAAUCGAUUCAUCUUCGCGGAAUGCCCGGACCACCAGGACCACCGGGUCCGAAGGGUCUACGAGGAUAUCCUGGAUUCCCGGGACCAAUUGGAUUGGAUGGUCCACGUGGAUUACCGGGAACUCCCGGACCAAAAGGAGAACGCGGCGAGCGCGGACCAAUGGGUCCGCCGGGAUUUCCUGGUCCAAAAGGAGAUCGAGGUGUUUCCACUGGCGGCGGCGGCGUCUACCUACAACCAUCGCUGAUUCCUGGACAACUCAUUGGAGGUCCACCGGGUCCGCCAGGUCCACCGGGACCACCGGGACCUGCUGGUCGUGACGGAAGGCCUGGAGUGAAAGGAGACCGAGGUCUGCCUGGAUUCGACGGUGAGUCGAAGAUUGGGCCGAAAGGAGAUACCGGCGCACCCGGACGAGACGGACUUCCUGGACCAAGAGGACCGCCGGGAGAACGCGGCGAAAAAGGUGAUACAGCGUUCUUGUCAAGUUAUCCUAGAGGAGGAGUAGGAAUGCAGGGACCCCCUGGUCCACCAGGACCCCCAGGAGUCUGUCACGCCACGCAAUGCCCAAGAGGACCACCGGGUGAAAAGGGUGAUCGCGGAGAUCGCGGAGAGCCUGGUGAGCGUGGUCCACCUGGUAUGCCAGGAUCUGCAAGCCUGCUCAAUGGAGGUAAAGCUCUCAUCGGUCCGCCAGGUCCACCUGGAAGGGAUGGCCGACCUGGAGAAAAGGGCGAAAAGGGCGAACGCGGACCACGAGGGGACAUGGGACUACCAGGACCACAAGGUCCGCCAGGAAAACGAGGGCGGCGAGGAAGACAUGGGCAUUCGUUGAUAAGUUUGAAUGGAACGAUGAGUGAUGAGAUGAAGAAACUUCUCAAGAAGGAGCUCUUACCCGUUCUCACUACGGAGUUAGGAGAGUUACGUGGAAAGAACGUAAUACCUGGACCACCAGGACCUCCAGGUCCGAGAGGUCAUCACGGUCCACCUGGUCCGCCUGGAGAACGAGGACCACAAGGAUUGCCUGGGCAUGCCGGAGAACGUGGCGAGCGCGGUGAGAUUGGUCCGCCUGGAUUGCCUGGUCAGCCGGGAAUUGCGGCGGAUGUCGGAUUUUCAUCAGGACUCCGUGGUCCACCAGGUCUUCCAGGACCACCAGGAGAGAAGGGUGACUUGGGUCCACCAGGACUCCCAGGUCAACCCGGUGCUUUAGGAUUACCCGGACCUCCAGGUCCGAUGGGUUUGCGUGGUCCGCCAGGCGAAGGCAAACCGGGUAAACCAGGACCAGAAGGACCAAGAGGACUACCGGGUCCGAUGGGACCACAAGGUCCACCAGGAAAUGACGGAGAACCUGGAAUUGAUGGACGGCCGGGACCACCAGGAGAACGAGGGGAACAAGGAAUUCCGGGACUUGACGCGCCUUGUCCAACGGGACCUGAUGGAUUGCCGUUGCCUUAUUGCUCGUGGAAACCAAUGGAUGGCAAAAACGACGUCUGGGAACGCCGAAAACGGUCUUCAAUACCAGGAAGUGGGUUCGACGCAUCGAAAUCGCUAGAAGACCUAUUGUAA